CUGACUACAAAUUAGAUAAAUUAAAUAUUAAAAAAAUGCAAGAUUAACUACUAACCGCCCCCACCUAAUUCUUCCCAGUCUAAACUCAAUUUUGGACCGUACUUAGCAUGAUUCUCGCGUUCACUCAGAAAUAAAUUGCUUUUCUUUACAAUCUGCGGCAUCUUUGGAAAUUCGCGAUCUCCUGCAUCCACAAAUCGUUUGAUUCUGUUGAUCCGAGAAAGUGACCGGAAAUGGGUGAAGCGGCGGAGAUCUGGAACGCCACAGAAGUGGCAGAGGGAGCUCCCGACGGCCGGACCCCCGGUGUUCCGGCGUCCCGUCUUACCGUCGACCACUCGCUUCCUAUCCCCGUGAUGAAGCCUCGCGUCGUAGAACUCUGCAAGGAUCUCUUCAAAGAAUGGUCGGAAUUUGACGAUUCUCGUUUCUCUGUUGAGACCGUGUCUGGCGGCAUCACAAAUCUGUUGCUGAAAGUAUCUGUAAGAGAAGAUGAUUCGGAGGCAGUGAGUAUGACAGUGAGAUUAUAUGGCCCCGACACUGAGUAUGUUAUUGAUCGUGAACGAGAACUCCGGGCGAUUCAAUACCUCUCAGCUGCAGGGUUCGGUGCCAAGUUGCUUGGAGUGUUUGGAAAUGGCAUGGUCCAGUCAUUUAUUCAUGCACGCACCCUAGCACCCUCAGACAUGAGAAUACCCAAGGUAGCAGCUGAAAUUGCAAAACAACUCCAUCAGUUCCAUCAGGUGGAAAUUCCCGGUUCCAAGGAACCUCAGCUUUGGAAUGAUGUAUUCAAGUUCUUUAACAAAGCAUCUACUCUUCAGUUUGACGACAGUGAGAAGCAGAGGAAGUAUUUGACAGUUUCGUUUGAAGAAGUGCAUCAUGACGUAACUGAGCUCAAGGAAUUGACAGGACACCUAAAUGCUCCUGUGGUGUUUGCGCAUAAUGAUUUACUUUCUGGGAAUCUGAUGCUCAAUGACAAUGAAGGGAAACUCUAUUUCAUUGAUUUUGAAUAUGGAUCCUAUAACUAUAGGGGUUUUGACAUUGGGAAUCACUUCAAUGAAUAUGCCGGCUAUGAAUGUGACUACAAUCUGUACCCAUCUAAAAAUGAACAGAUCCAUUUCUUUUGUCACUACUUAAACGCCCAACAACCUAAUGAGGUUUCUGAGAAGGAUCUUGAGGCUCUGUUUAUUGAGACCAACACAUACAUGUUAGCCUCACAUCUGUAUUGGGCUCUGUGGGCUCUAAUCCAGGCAAAAAUAUCUCCAAUUGAUUUUGAUUAUCUUGGUUACUUCGACUUGCGCUACAACGAAUACAAAAAACAGAAGAACAAGUGUUUCACCUUAGCAAAAGCGUACCUCACCCAAUAAUAUUAUUCAAUUGUUCUAAGCACCAGGGAUUCAUGAAAUGGCUGUAAUUCAACCAGAGAAUAUGUAUUAUUGGCCAAUGUACAUUCAUAUUAAUAGUUUGCUAUUAGUUGUUUGAAUGUAUAAAAGCUCUUUUUGCUUUGUAAAAAAUAAUGCAAUUCAAAAGAAUGAGAGCAUUUACCUUAUGAAUGUCUUUUGUGAGGUGUGAAUUAUUACCGAAAAUGUUUUAUUGUACAUGUGCUAUUAUUGUAUGAGUAUUUUGGAAAUAAAAACCCAUGUUUUAU